AUGACCAUAGAGCAGUUGAUGACUAUGCAGACUCUACUGAUGCAAGGAAUGACCCAUAUCAUGAACAACAUGCAGAAGAACCAAAAUCAGCACCAGAAUCAGAACCAGCACCAAGGAGGUAACAACGCGUUUGCCCCACCUAGGGACAAGCGUGGAGAGUUCAUGAAGGGACACCCACCGUUCUUCUCUCACUUAGCUGACCCUAUGCAAGCUGAGGACUGGCUUAAAGCUGUGGAGAAACAGCUGGUCAUUGCUAAGUGCAAUGACAGGGAGAAGGUUCUGUAUGGCUCUAGACAGCUUCAAGGAGCCGCACAGGACUGGUGGGAUUCGUACUGCUUCGUGCAUCAGGACCCAGAUACUAUCACUUGGGAUGAGUUCAAGGUCACCUUCAAAAUGCAUCAUGUUCCUGCCGGAUUGGUGAAGCAAAAGAAGACGGAGUUUCUGUCUCUGAAACAGGGCUCCAUGACUGUUUGUGAGUAUCGCGACAAGUUCACUCAGUUGUCGCGGUAUUGCCCGAAUGAGGUGGAGAACGAUGAAGACAAGCAAGAUCACUUCCUGGAAGGUCUGAAUGAUGACCUGUCCUACAUGAUGUCAAAUGUCAAGUAUGCUAGCUUCAAAGAGAUGGUGGACAGGGCAUUGGUGCUUGAGAGCAAGCGCCGCAAGAUGGAAGACAAGAAGAGGAAGUAUAACUCCUCUCAGCAGCAGGCUGGCCGUCCCUGCUACAACAAUCAGCAGGGCCCUCAGUCUCGCCCUACAUAUCAGUCUGGUAACCAAGGACAGUAG